UGAACAUUUCAGCUUGGGUAAAAGAUAAACUUCUCGUGCAAUUUCUUUAGAAUUUACAAUAAAUAAAGAAAAAUUUACAAUGACGACAGAAAAGCAGUUCAACUGUGUGUUCUGUAAAGAGACUUUUUCUAAUAAGGAGGAUUUGCAAAUACAUUUUCGAAAACAUGGAGACCCUAGUUUCAAAAGCGGUACACCUAAUGAUUCUCCUAAUGGUAGUGAAAAGACAACAGAGGAAAAUGAAAUGGUUGGUUGUGAUGUGUGCGAGGAGGUAUUUCCAACAAUUUCCAAAGCUAUUACACACAAACACAAGGUACACCCAGACCAUGAUGCCAAAUACUUUUGCCCUUUUUGUGGGAAACUAUUUACAAUGAAGCACUUGUAUAACAAGCAUAUACAAACAAACCAUGAUUCCCAAUUGAGUGUAGAGAAAUCAGAUUUCCACUGUGACAGCUGUGAAGUAAUGUUCUUUGUACCUUCAGCAAUGUUAUACCAUAAUAAAUUCUUUCACCGCCAAGACUCGGAACUGCCUGCGACAGGGGGUUCUAAGAAAGUUAAAUUGUAUUCUAAGGAAAUGAUACAGCUGUUCUACUGUGCAUUUUGCGGAGAAGAAUACAACAACAAAGUUAAUUUACAUAAACAUGUAUCAGAUGAUCACAGUGAUGAGAAUCAGAGUCCUGAUGAAGUGUUGAAGUGUCCCCUCUGUGAAGCAAUAUUCCAUCAUUUAGAUGCAUAUGAACUGCACUUAAUGUUUCACUCAACAGAAGAUGAAUAUAGUGAAAGGAAUGAAAUGGCUGAUGAAGUAACAGAGUUUUCGCUAGAAACGGUGCCGCCAAUAAUGGAGAAAGUUGAAAACGAAAGUUCACAAGACAAUACCGCUGAUGAAGCUGUGGAUGUAGAUAAUUUUCUUCAGUUAAUGAUGGGCGAUUCUGGAGAUGGUGGAGGUGAAAAAAAGAAGAGUAAAAAGCACAAGAAGCAUAAAAAAUCAAAAAAGGCAGCUAUAUCACUUGAUGAGUUUCUAAACAUGAACAAGGAUGUUUUUGGUGACGGGUUGGAUGUUCAGGGAAUAGAAGAAGUACCAUCACGAGUAAUGCUAAAAAAAAUGCAAGUAAAGAAGUGUCCUCCUAAUAAAGCUAAGGCUUUGAAUGCUGACAUUAAUAAAUUACAGAAAAUAGGUAUUACAGUCAAAACAAAAUCUGGUAGUAAUUUUAGGCCAACGGUCAAUAGGUGUAUAACUAAUCAACCCGCUCAAAGAAACGUAGUUGACAAGUCAAAAGUUAACGAUCCGAAAGAACUGAUAUCAAAAUUAAUGCGCCAAGGUAACAGCCAAAUAAAAAUAGUCAAGAAAACUGCCUCACAAAAUACUUUGGAAGAUGAAUCUGAAAAAUACGACAUGUCAGAAACUAUUGCAGAACUAAAAGAUGAAGAUAAUUCUAUUGUUAAUAGUAAUCAAAAUAGUGAGAAAACUUGCCAAGACGAUAUGUCUGCUGAAAAUGGAAAAUAUGAUAAAGAAGAUGACAAUGAUGAAAGAAAAUGCAAAACCCCUAACAAUGAUCAGGGAAAUGAGUCAGUUGAAAAAGAAGAAAUCAAGGAACCUGGAGUAGAAAGACAAAAUGAAAUCGAACCCGAGAUUCAAAAUUCAACCAUAGAUGAAAAAUUAUCAAGUAGUGUUUCUCCUCCAAAUAUAUCGACAGUAACAGACGAACCAAGUGAAUUACAUGAUGAUACCAAGGAAGACAAUGUAUCCGAUACAUGUGCAUCAGAUGAAGAAUGUAGUGAUAGCAAUGAUCAUUCAGAAACGAACUCAUCUAAUAAAGCUAUUGGAGCAUUAAAACAUCUAAGUAACUUGGUUAUAAAACCCAUAAAAUCAGCUAAAACAUUACAGGUUAACAAAAAUGGAAAAAAAGUUACAAACACUAUAGCAGAGACAAAAAAUGCCUGCAGCAAUCCCACAAAGACAAGCGAAGUUUCUUCUAAUAAUGUGUUUGAGCAACAAAAUAUGAGUGUACAAAACAAAAUGACAGAAGUGUUAAAAAAUUUGGGAAAAAAUGUAACUAUUAAGUCUGCCACGAGUAAUAUCGACAAAUUAGACUCAGAGGCAAAAGAAAGCGAAUGUGAAGAGGAACAUGAACAUAAUAAUAGUUUAAAUAAAAUGCAGUUGAAUCAACAAAGACCUACUAUUGUAAGCAUGGCUGAGGGUAACAAAGUGAAUAAUUUGCCAUUAAAACAAUUAUCUGCCGCGAAAAACGGAAACGAAAAUAGUACAAACGCAUCGAAUAAUAAGCCUGAGGUUAAAAUUGAAAAGCCUGUACAAAAAAAAGCUAUUGAUGAUGAAAUAGAAAUAUUCAACAUAGAUGAUUCAGACAGCGAUGACGCUGCUAAGGUGCAGAAACCAAAAAAUAAUAUAGAAAUACCUAAAAAGAAAGAACCACAACAAUCAAACACAUUAGUGCACAAUCUUGGCUCUAACAUCACUAUCAAAGCCGCUACUCACAGGACUGAAGUGAAAAGAAAAUUAGAUAGUAAUGCGUAUACAAAUCAACCUAAGAAAGUUAACAAACCAACUCCGGAAAUUCAAAAAAGUAUUAACAUACAGAACAAAUUAAAAAAUUUAGGCAGUCACAUAACAAUAAAAUCUAACAGUACGUCGACUUAUAGUAAUGAAGAACAUAAUUCUUUCGAUGAGGAUGAGGCACACAGUGACAAUUUUGAUAGUGACUCCGAUACCGAAGUGGGAAAAGUAAAAAUAACAGAAGUAACUGAAGAAACAAGUGAUGUUGACGAGGCCGCUAAUGGCGAGUGUAAUGCGGUCGCCGUAGUCCGGUCACCUGAAGCACAGGAUAAUGACAGCGAUCAUUUUUCUAACGAGGAAGAUUUCGAUUUUGAGUCAAAAAUUAAAACAAACGUUUUAAAUGCAUCCGAUAAACAGACUCCUAAAAGUAAAUUUCCUGAUAACAUUAAAUGUCUCAAUAAAGAUUUAGUGAUCAAAACCGUUAAUCAAAAAAACAAUCCAGACGAUAUGGCUUUAACUCCUUAUGAAAAUAAAAGUAGCAUGCCUUCUAAAACAGCUGCACAAACUAGUGGGUCUUCUAGUCAAGUGAAUACAGUAAAUCGUAACGUUAAUACUUCAGAUGAAGUUAAUACCGUCAAAACGGUUAAGAAAUAUCAAACUGAAACUGUUAUAGAAGAAAUCACGACCGUUACCAGAACUAUAAGGACAUUUAACGAAUCGAGUAAUUCAGUAGUUCAAACAAGCAACCAAAAUUGUGGAACACCACUUAAAAUUAACAGGAAUCAGCCUAAUAGGGCACCGCAACAAGUAAAAGUAACGCGGCAUACGGCUCCUGGAGUUAUGAGGAUGAGAACUGCCGGAAACGUAAUAAGACAGAGUAGCCCUGGUAAUAUUAGGAUACCGAAUCAAAUAGUUCCAAUUAGGAAUGCACCUAGUCAAGUACGGCAAAUGAAUCCCAUACAAAGACAUCAACUUUCACCAGGUAUGCAAGUAAUAAGAAAAGUGGGUCCCGCGACAAAUAGCCAACAAAGACCAACUCCAAACAAAUUGAAAAUGUCGCCAAACGUUGUUAAACAACUGAACGCAAAGAGGCCUUCGGAGGCAAACAUUGUAAGUAAUGUAAAGAAAUACAAGGAAUCUACAAUGUCCAUGGCGACUCAAAAAAGUAACACUCCUAUGGAGCAAUUUACCGCGUCCACGAGUAGAUCUGAGUUUUCUAGUGUAACCAAAGUGAUGCAAGGCGGUAAGGCGAUGAUGGCGACGCAAACGCGAUCCGAGGUCAAUACUCAGCAGCAGUUGAGUAGACUCAGCAACAUGUCUGGGUUGAAAGUAAUGAAAACUAGCACAAAGCAAGCGACACAAGUGGAGGAGAAAAGUGAAAUUAGUGCAUCAAAAAGAAACACUUUAGAAGGUAUAGAAAAAUUACAAAAACUAGGACUUUUAGUUAAAAAACCUAGGAUUGACGUCGAAGAAACGAAUGAACAGAAUUUUUAUAGCGAGAGUGACGAGGAGAAUAAUUGUGAACAAUGAUUAAUAGCUGUUAGUUCAUUUGUGAUUGUGACUGAACCCAAGUUAUCAUUUUAUGUGAUGAACCUACCUAAAGACUACGAAUGCUGAGUAUUUGUAAAUAUAGCACUAAAAUAUCCAAGAUGUAAAUAUUGUUUGUAUUGUUAAAAAUAUUAUAAAUAAUAAUAGUAAGAUGCUACUAUUGAUGGAUUUAGGUAUGGAGUUAUCGACAGGAUAUUAUUUUUGUUUGUCUCAAAUAGUGUGUCUGUAAAUUACUUAUUUAUUAAUGUAUUUACUUACUUAUUUCUCGACUGACAUUUCUGGUUGCCUACAAAUUGGGAAAAUUAAAUAGCUUAUUUAUAAGA